CCAUUGGGUUUGUAAUUGGGAGAGUUCAUGCUGAAGAUCAAGAUGAUGGAAUCAAUGGAUUUCUCUGUUAUGUUUUUGAAAGAGGCAAUGAUGAUUUGUUGUUUUCUAUUGAACAAAAUACUGGUUUGAUUACACUUAUUGGAAAUUUAGAUUUUGAAAAAGAAGAAGUUCAUCUUCUUCUUGUCAAGGUCAAGGACGGAGGAUGGAUUCCAAAAACAGGAGACAUUAGUGUCAUAGUUGCUGUGAAAGACGUGAAUGACAAUCCUCCUGUUUUUCUUGCCUCAGAGUACACAGUCUCUGUGCCUGAAAACUCACCAGUUGGAACGACAGUCAUUCAAACAAAAGCCAGUGACAGGGAUUCUGGUGUCAAUGCAGAGAUAAUCUAUUCACUGUUAUCAGGAGACAAAGAUACAUUUGCUGUGGAUUCCAAAGAUGGUACCAUUACCAUCCAAGAGAUGUGUGAUUUUGAAAUACAACAAGAAUUUGAGAUAUUGGUCAAGGCAUCCAACACUGGAAGUUCUGCCUAUUUUAGUGUGAUACCUGUUUAUGUCCACAUCACAGGUGUUAAUGAAUUUACUCCCAUGUUUACAAAACGACAGUAUAACUUUACUAUUUCUGAGCAAUCACCUGUUGGAACAAGAGUUGGGAAAGUCAUAGCUACAGAUUAUGAUCUGGGUCUUGAUGGAGAAGUGUUUUAUUUGCUGAUUGGCCAAAGUAAAAUGGCUGGCUUUCGCAUUGAUGCGCGUAGUGGAGAAAUAUUCACAGCAAGAGAUUUAAUACAGGGCCACGGUCAGGCAGUUUUACAAAUUCUGGCAAAGAACAGAGGUAUAAUUAAUGGGACCAAUAUUGAUGAAACCCUAGUCCGAAUCAAUGUGCUAGAUGCAAAUGAUCCUCCUAAAUUCUACUUAGCACUAUAUUCUGCAGAAGUAAGUGAAGAUUCCGCCAUAGGAACUUCAGUCAAUAAAGUGCAAGCUGAUGAUGAAGAUUCCACUGUACAGUGGAGCCAUUUUUUUUACAGCAUCCAGAGUGGGAACACAAACAGAUCCUUUGCUAUUGAUCCAAUCACUGGGCUAAUUGUUGUUAACUCCCCUUUAGACAGGGAGCAGUGGCCUAUUUAUAAUCUAACUGUUAUUGCCACUGACAGUGCAUCCCCACCAGCAACUGGAAGCACAAAUGUUGUUGUAGUUGUGCAUGAUGUAAACGACAAUUCCCCAAAGUUAAGUUCCACUGAGAGUUAUGUGCCAGAAAACCAACCACAUGGCACAAUUAUUGCUAUUCUAAAUGCCUCUGAUGCUGAUCUCCCUCCAAAUCAAGGGCCGUUCAUGUAUCGACUCAUGAAACCUGUCCCUGAGAAUGGUUUCUCUUUGACUCUCAAUGGAGUAAUGUCCACUACACGACCAAUGGAUCGUGAAGACAAGCCAUUGUAUUUGGUAUCUGUAGUCAUUCAGGAUGCUGGGGAUCCCCCCUUAUCCUCCACAGCAACAGUUCAAGUCAAGGUUCUGGAUGAAAAUGACAGUCCCUCAGCUCCAAGAAAUGUCUACAUUGAGGUCAAGUAUCAUGGCAGCUCUUUCCCAGGAGGCUUCAUUGGGAAUGUCCAGCCUAAUGAUCCAGAUGAAUUGGAUGUGUUCAACUGCAGCAUCAAAAAUGGACCCAGAAACAUGUUUAGCUUCCCUUUUGGUAACUGUGAGUUAUGGUCAUCUCCAUAUAAAGGAGAGGCUACAUAUAACAUCACAGUGGAAGCAACAGAUUUUGUCCAUCCUUUUGUUAACAACAGUGUAUAUGUCAACUACAAGGGUUUUACUAAUGCCUCGGUUAACAACUGUGUUCUUUUCUUUGUUUCUUCAUCCUCAUUUGAGGAGUUUCUUUCUUUUGAAUAUUUAAAAUUUGUAAAAGCCCUUGAUAGCCUUUUCAACCUCCAGGCUUCUAAAACCCAUGUGUUUGGAGUGAAGGUUUUAGAAGGUGCCAUUCUUCUUCUAGCAGCUGUUAAAAGCUACAAUGGACAGUAUCUUAGUGGGGAAGUGGCUACUAACAUUUCUGUUGCCCAAAAGAAACUGUUGGAGGUGCAGAGUAAUGUGAAAAUCUCACAUAUUACCAGUGAUCCUUGUUCUAUAAAGCCUUGCCAGAAUAGUGCCACUUGUACCAGAAGUAUCUAUAUCAGCCAGGACUUUGCAGUGCUGGAGAGUCCAGCAGUCAUAUUUGUUUCCCCAAGACAGAUGGAAAUAUUUCACUGCUCUUGCUUGAUCGGCUUUUCUGGCACAAGGUGUGAGUUUGACAUUGAUGAGUGUAAUGAAGAUCCAUGUGAGAAUGCAGGGACAUGCAUAAACUACCCUGGGGGUUUUUCCUGCCAGUGCAUGAGAGGGUUUACAGGACUGCGAUGUUCAUCUGAUAUAGAUGAAUGUCAAAACGUCCCCUGUCACAAUGGAGGAACUUGUGCUAACAUGCCAGGGAAGUUUCACUGCCACUGUCGUUAUGGAUAUGAAGGGGAGUUCUGUGAGCUGCUGGUAGACCAUUGCGCAUCAUCUCCUUGCUUCCAGGGCACCUGCACUAAUGUUCUCACUGGAUAUACUUGUCAUUGUCCUUUUGGUGUAAGUGGAGACAACUGUGAAGCGCGCAGUUAUGGCUUUGAGGAGCUGUCUUUCAUGGAAUAUCCUUCUCUGGAUCCCAGAAACAAUAUUAUUUCACUUGAACUAGCUACAGUGCAGCCAAACUCUCUGCUGUUGUACAACCAUGGGAGUGCAUCAAGUUCUGAGUUUUUGGCCUUGGAAGUUGUUGGUGGGAAAGUAUGCCUCUCAUAUAACCUUGGGAAUGGCGUAGUGAGGGUGAAAACACAGAAGAAGGUAGCUGAUGGGCUGUUUCACAGCAUCACUGCCAAAAGGACAGGGAAGGUUGCCUCUCUGCAAGUGGACAGCUGCUCUGAUGACGAACCCAGUGAAUUCUGCUUCUCUCAGACUGAAGGAAUUGGCAAUGAAAGAACUCUUGAUGUUGGCUUCAGCAACAUGACAUUUGGCGGAAUCAAGUCUAUUGAUGCCAUUUUGCUGUGGCCCACUCAGCUUACAACCCAUGACUUUGUUGGAUGUGUGAGAAAUGCCAAAGUGAAUGGCAUACCUCUGGACUUCACACGAGCCCUAGCAUCCCAUAAUGUACUUGAAAGCUGCCCUCGCACUGCUGUCUUACCCUGUCACAUUGGUGUGUGUCUAAAUGGAGGAGUGUGUCGUGACCACUGGAGCUAUUAUUCCUGCCAUUGCCAGGACCUCUUCACUGGAGCUCAUUGUGAAACAGAGAUUAUGACAAAAAAUGCGUUGAAACUCACCGGGCAGAUCUAUAUUGAGUAUGUCGUUAAGGAAAACUACAAGAGAGAGCUGCAUCUUGCAAACCUUGUGGAGGGUCAUGGUGGAAAUUCUGCGAUAAUAGCCCAAGACUCUCUCAUGGAAAUAAAACUAAUAAGCACAAAGCCUGAUGGACUCUUACUGUCCUACUGGGGAAAAGAAAAGCAUACAACACUUAAGGUACAAGCUAGGCAGAUGAAGGAUGGGAAGCUUGUUUACUACUCUGGAGUCGAAAGAUCGGCCCCUCUGGCAGAGACGGCUCUAGAAGCUGCGCUGUUGGAUGGUCACUGGCAUGUUGUCCAUCUCUAUGGAGACAGUGAGAAUUUUGUCCUCUGUCUGGAUGGAGUCCCCCUCAUGAAUACCACUAACUCCAUCAUCUUUGUGGAAAGGAUUCUCCUGGGUGGGGCAGGAUUCUCUGGAUGUGUUGAGUAUUUUAAGUACAACGGACACAUUUUGCCAUUCAGUGGGUUCAGCGAGGUUGUGGAUGUUCAUCCCAGCUCUAUGCUGUCCUUUACGGAGUGUACAUUUGAAGAUGAGUGUGAACACCGUGCUUGUACAGAACAGAAUCCUGCCUCAGUGCCAUGCCCCUUGAAGCCGUGCCUCAAUGAAGGUGCCUGUCGUGGUGCUGGUGUACACAAUGCCUCCUGCGACUGCCUGCAGAACUUUACUGGGGCCUUCUGCGAAGUGUGUUCUCAUUUGAUGGGCAAUCGCUCAACCUGCCCUGAGCCUCACACUGGGACUCCCCUAUGGAUCAUUGGUAUCAUUAUUCCUACAGGCCUCAUCCUUCUUAUCCUGGCCUUACUUAUCACUUUCAGAUGGCAAAGUGCAAAGAUGCAAAGCUUGGUGUCAGCUUGGAUGCACAGAUUCCCAGAGAAGGGAAAACAGGGUAGAGAGAAUCAUGCUUUUCGGUCUGAUGAUGGUACCGGACAGGAUUUUGACACUGGAGCAGAGAAGGAGCGUAACAUCAUCGGGGUUGAGAUACAAACCAGUCAGACCUUGGGUCCUGUCAGUCACCAGUGCAAUGAAGCCAACCCAAGCCUUUUAGAGGCUGGUCCAGGAAACAGUGAGCCAGAGUACUACGACAUUGACAGCACCUGCAGCAUCUUUCAGUCCAGUACAGGUAUGAACCUUCUGUGCUGUGAACAGGGGGAGCAGGUUCACAGUAUAGGAGGCCAUCCCAUCUCAUCAACAGUGCAUCAUUGCCAUCAAGAUGGGGCCCAGGGGGAAAGACAACAAGGCAUCAAGCAGGAUGCCCUGUAUGCUUUAAAUCCAAAUAGUGAAGAACGGGAACCUUGGCACACAAACGAAACCUGCAUCUACAUCAGAAAGGGCCCUUUAAAGCAGUCAGAUUCCAUACCGACACCAGGUGAAGUGCGUUCCCAGCAUUUUGGGAGAAACACCCUGGUUCCAGACCUAGUGAGCCCCCCUCUGGGGCUCUCUGUGGAGGAGCUCAAAAGACUGAACACUCCCAUGGACCAGCCGUGGGAUACCAACAAGUGUCAAGUGUCACAUCCUCCACACAGAGUGGAUGGCACUUCCUCUGAGAGUGAGACUUACAGCAGCUUCACAUGCUCAGAACCUGACUACAAGACGGAAAUGAGCUUUAUCUGUAGACGCCCUCGCCCACUUCAGGAGUUGAGCCUGGUGGCCUGCAGUUCAGAAAAAGUGGAGCACAGAAAUGGAAGCACACACUCCUUCCUAAGAGGAAGGAAUCCACUCAGCGAGAACAAGAUGGGGGUGAGUGGCCUCUGCACAGGUCCCACACAGCACUGGGAGAGACUGUUAAACUUGGGUCUGCAUUUUGACACCUAUGCCCAGGUGUUUGAGGACAUUGCAGCUCUGCCCUCAGACCUUCAGCAAAAUUCAAACAUGCAGAGUGAUGAAGAAGAAAUCAUAUGAUAUGUAUAGACAUUGAAAAGUGUGAACACUGCUAAUUAAGUAUAUUAGAUCCACCAAUGAACGUCCCCCUCAUCGAUGUGUUAUCCCUAUAAAAUAUUUUGCAAUUCUGUAUCAGUCUUGGCUUUCCAGGUGCAAACUCACUAGUAGAUUACAGUUGUCCUCUUACUGUCAGUUAUGGCUCAAGUGGGAAACGUAUCACUUUAUCUUGUUUAGACUAUUACUUCACAAAUAAAUCAUUUUAUUGGCUUUCAGGAAAUAUUUAGACAGGUUUUGCAUUUCAGAAAAAUGCAGAAACAACAAGAACAGGAUGCAGUAUAACAUGCACCAGGACAAGCUUGUUGUGUUCUGAGCUUUAUGUUAAUUUUUGGAUAUGCAGUCAAUAUCUGUCCCAGCAGAUGGCACCAUAGUGUGCUUCUGUGGAAAACCAGGUAAAGAACAGGUAAAGUGCUUUGUGGACACUGCUUACCAUUCAUAAAAAGAAGGACGGUUAAUAAUAUUUAACUCAACAUUGAUCUCAACUAUUAACUAAAGUUAUUUUAGGACAAAUCUGGGCCCAGCUCUGCAUGUGCCUUUUUUGAAACGCUUACCGACUGGUUUUCUAGACAUAGUUCGGGCCCAGUUCUCUGCUAAAACUCGUUUCAUUUUGGUGUCCUUAUUAACGUUGUAAGUUACUUACUAGGCUUUGAGCCCAGAACAUGUCAUAUAUCUUUUUAGGUUAAUUUUAAAAUUUAAAUGACCGCUACUUCUCUCUUCACAUAGAUACAGAUCAUUUAUAUAUUUAAGGUUCACUUGACAUGAGGUUAAAAACACAAGUAAAACAGUACCUUUUUUUCUGUGGUGACAAACAUAAAUGCUGCCCACACAUUCCUAAUUACAAGGAUUCUCCAUCCACCAGUACCUCCCAAUUGAACCAUACUCACAAGUCUCCUGAAUUUAGUCUCUUACAGUUUAUAUGCAAUAAUUAGUAUUAAAUUUAUAACUACUGUCAUGAUUGCUGUUUUAUUUUGUCUCCUGCCCUGUGGACUGUGCAUAAUGCAAGAUGCAUUACUCAUUCAUACUUUUAUGUGUUAAUUUUGAAAAAAGAUAGCUACUCAGACUGAAUGCUUUCUAGGGGAAUUCACAAAAGGAAACAAUACUUUAUAUUGAAUUCUAUUUUGUGAUUAUUCUUUCCCAUUUGAUAAAACAAUAUUGCUCUUUUUUCUUUAGUAUUGUACAAGAAAUAAAGACAUGUGGGGCUACAAUUCAACAAAUGUUCUUGGUCGUUCCCAGUGUUUCAUCAGCUGAUCAUACCAGCAUGACUUUCUGGCUGUUGUGCUCAUUGUAAAUAUGCAGCAGAAGAGUGUCUGGAGAGGAGUUCCAGAAAGGGGAUCUAUGAGGGAGACUAUUCUCCUAUUAUGAGAUUAGGAUGGAUUUGAUCUUUUCAGUAAAUUGGCCAAUCAUCGGCUUUUGUGUCAACAAGUGGUCAGGUCAAGGGCUGACUCAGAAAUGAGCACUUUAUUUUAAUAACACAAAAGUGUUUCAUCACAGAUACGAAGACGCCUACAAUGACAUUUCUGAGAAACAUGCUCAAGGUCUAAUUUAG